AUGGGGGCUGAGAUGGGCCUCUCUCCCGGCAGGCACCGGAAUCGGGGGAAGCUCAGUGACCUGGUGGCUGAGCACCUGGACCACCUGCACUAUCUCAACGACAUCCUCAUCAUCAACUGCGAGUUCCUCAACGAUGUGCUCACGGACCACCUGCUCAACAGGCUCUUCCUGCCACUCUACGUGUAUUCACUGGAGAACCAGGACAAGGGAGGAGAACGACCGAAGAUCAGCCUGCCGGUUUCUCUCUACCUUCUCUCCCAGGUCUUCCUAAUUAUACAUCACGCACCCCUGGUGAACUCGUUAGCGGAAGUCAUUCUGAACGGUGAUCUGUCCGAGACAUAUGCUAAGCCCGAACAGGAUGUUCAGAGAAGCUGUGCCAAGCCAAGCAUUCGGUGUUUCAUUAAACCCACCGAGACGCUAGAGCGGUCCCUUGAGAUGAACAAGCACAAGGGCAAGAGGCGGGUGCAAAAGAGACCCAACUACAAAAACGUUGGGGAGGAGGAAGACGAGGAGAAAGGGCCUGCCGAGGAUGCUCAGGAAGACGCCGAGAAGGCUAAAGGUACAGAGGGUGGUUCAAAAGGCAUCAAGACGAGUGGGGAGAAUGAAGAGAUAGAGAUGGUGAUCAUGGAGCGCAGCAAACUUCCAGAGCUGGCCGCCAGCACCUCUGUGCAGGAGCAGAACACCACGGACGAGGAGAAGAGUGCUGCCACCGGCCUGGACAGUGUCCAGUGGAGCAGACCCUUCCUGGAUAUGGUGUACCAUGCCCUGGACAGCCCAGAUGACGACUACCAUGCACUCUUUGUGCUCUGCCUGCUGUACGCAAUGUCUCACAACAAAGGCAUGGAUCCUGAGAAACUCGAGCGAAUCCAGCUUCCAGUGCCCACUGCAGCCGAGAAGACCACCUACAACCACCUCCUGGCUGAGAGGCUCAUCAGAAUCAUGAACAACGCAGCCCAGCCAGACGGCAAGAUCCGCUUGGCGACGCUGGAGCUGAGCUGUCUGCUCCUCAAGCAGCAAGUCGUGGCCAGCACGGGCUGCAUCAUAAAGGACGUGCACCUGGCCUGCCUGGAGGGAGCCCGAGAAGAGAGCGUCCACCUGGUGCGGCACUUCUAUAAGGGAGAAGAAAUCUUUUUGGACAUGUUUGAAGAUGAGUACAGGAGUAUGACGAUGAAGCCCAUGAACGUGGAAUAUCUCAUGAUGGACGCCUCCAUCCUGCUGCCCCCAACAGGCACGCCGCUGACCGGCAUCGACUUUGUGAAGCGACUGCCGUGUGGUGACGUGGAAAAGACCCGGCGGGCCAUCCGGGUGUUCUUCAUGCUCCGUUCCCUGUCCCUGCAACUGCGAGGGGAGCCCGAGACCCAGCUGCCCCUGACGCGGGAGGAAGACCUGAUCAAAACGGAUGACGUCCUCGACCUGAACAACAGCGACCUGAUCGCGUGCACGGUGGUCACCAAAGACGGCGGCAUGCUCCAGCGGUUCCUGGCUGUCGAUAUUUACCAGAUGAGUUUGGUGGAGCCCGACGUGUCCAGGCUGGGCUGGGGAGUGGUCAAGUUCGCAGGCCUUCUGCAGGACAUGCAGGUGACCGGCGUGGAGGAUGACAGCCGCGCCCUGAAUAUCACCAUCCACAAGCCUGCGUCCAGCCCCCACUCCAAGCCCUUCCCCAUCCUGCAAGCCACCUUCAUCUUCUCGGACCACAUCCGCUGCAUCAUCGCCAAGCAGCGCCUGGCCAAGGGCCGCAUCCAGGCGAGACGCAUGAAGAUGCAGAGGAUAGCGGCCCUCCUGGACCUUCCGAUCCAGCCGACGACCGAGGUCUUGGGGUUUGGACUCGGCUCAUCUUCAGCGCAGCACCUGCCCUUCCGCUUCUACGACCAGUGCCGCCGGGGCAGCAGCGACCCCACUGUGCAGCGCUCUGUGUUCGCCUCUGUGGACAGGGUGCCAGGCUUUGCCGUGGCCCAGUGCAUAAACCAGCACAGCUCGUCCUCCCUGUCCUCGCCCUCGCCCUCAGCCAGCGGGAGCCCCAGCGGCAGCGGGAGCACCAGCCACUGCGACUCCGGAGGCGCCAGCUCGUCAUCCACCCCCUCAGCCGCCCAGAGCCCCGCAGAUGACCCCAUGAUCACGGAGCAGCCUCAGCCUAACCUCCCCGACCAGUUGGUGAUUGUCGACGAAACAGAAGCCGAGGCCAGGCCUGGCAAGAGCCUGGCAAGGAGUGCGGACGUGGAGACCGUCACCCUGUCGCCCAGCCUCAUCCCCGCCCAGCAGCCCACCAUCUCCCUGCUCUGCGAGGACACUGCGGACACGCUGAGCGUGGAGUCGCUGACCCUCGUCCCGCCCGUCGACCGCCACAGCCUCCACGCCCUCACCGGCAUCCCGCCGCUGCCCCCAGCCGUGGCUGGGACCAGUGGCAACACCCCGGUGAACCCGGAUCGUCCGAAAGCCGCCUCAGGGAGGGGGCUGGGCUCCUGGUCUCAGAGCCCUCGGCCCCCAGGUGUGGGGGUGCAGGCAGCGGCAGGACCCAUCAGCAGCACUCGCUUCAUCAGCCGGCCUCCCCUGUCUUGGAGGUCCUCUGCCACCAUCCUCAGCUCAGGCAGGGCCUGCCUGGGCCAGAUUCAGCCUCCUAAAGGAAACACCCAGUUCCCCCGAGUAAGGGCCGUGGCAUCUGCAGGGCAAGUCUCUCCAGCCAUCAGAAGCCCCUGGGCAGGCGUGGCCUGCUUGCUGCUCUUUGCAGAAGGCAGCUCCUCCCACCCCCCAACACCUGCCCUGCGACCCGGGGAGAAUGGGCUCAUUACAGCCCUGCCUCGUAGGCUGAGCACGGGCCCCGGUGCGAUGUCGCUGCUGGGCCUUGGGCUCCCCACCGAGGACAGUCGGGUGAAGUUGUGCCAGGAGGCGCCUUUCACAGGCAGCGUGGGCUCUGGAAAACCCUAG